AUGACUUUCGAUUAUUAUGAGACUCUGGAACUGAACAGAGAUGCAACAGAUGCAGAUAUCAAAAAAGCAUAUCGACGUCUUGCAUUGAAGUUCCACCCGAGCAGCAACAGAGAACCUGGAAGCAAGGAUAAGUUCACUCAUCUGGGUGAAGCCUAUGAUGUUCUCAGCAACCCUAGGAAAAAGGCCACUUAUGACAAAUUUGGUGAGGAGGGUCUAAAAAGUGGUAUACCGCCUGAGUUUGGCAUUGGUGGAGCUUGGUCAACUAAGUAUAACUACCAUGGGCAACCAGACAAAACAUUCAGGCAAUUCUUUGGAGGUGACAACCCAUUUGCAGACUUCCACACUAAUGAGGCACCACUUAGGUUUGGUGGCCUCCAACAAGUAGUGGUAAAGACACAAGACCCUCCAGUAGAGAGAGACCUUAACUUGUCCCUGGAGGAGCUCUUUCAUGGAUGCACAAAACAGAUCACGAUAUCUCGGAAGGAAUUGACUGAGGAAACACAAACGUUCAUUAUUAAACAGAAGAUUAAAACAAUUGAUGUAAAUCCUGGAUGGAAAGACGGCACAAGAAUAAUUUUCCCCAAGGAAGGAGAUCAGGGACCAAACAACAUCCCUGCAGAUUUUGUGUUCAUAGUGCGACAGAAGAGUCAUCCUCUGUUUGAAAGACAAGAAAAUGACCUGAUCUACAAGGUCCACAUUUCUCUGGAGAUGGCCCUGACUGGAUUCUCUGUAAAUGUGGAGACACUAGAUGGCAGACUACUCACCAUCCCUAUUAAUGACAUUGUGCAACCUACGUACAAAAAAGUGGUGAGUGGAGAGGGAAUGCCACUGUCUCAGGAUCCUUCACAGAGAGGAAACCUCAUCAUUACGUUUCACAUCCACUUUCCUGAGAAGCUUUUCCCUGAGCAAAGUAGGCUGGGUCCACAAAGAGGAGCGAGGAGGACACGUGCCGGCGGCCACGCGCCAUAACUUCGCCCAGCUGAAGAGAGCCAUCUUGGACCGGCUAGGCAGGACUCCGGAAGGACACCGGUGACGGUUCAGGGGGCUUUCUUUUGAAGAAGCCGGCCGCCCCUUUGCAUACGCACAGCAACUACUGGACACAGCGAGGCGCUGCCUCCAGCCGGGGAUCCAAUCUGCGGAGGACGUCGUGGGACAGGUGGCAGUUCAUCGGUGGGUUACCGUUGUCCACAGCUAAUUGGGUCCAGUGCC